UCAAACCGCCAACGUGAAGAAGAGAACAAUAAAACUAAAAAUUCAGAUUGAGAGAGAGAGAUAUCACAUUCCUUCUUCAAUCAUCAAAUCAUCAUCAUCAUCGGUCGUGAUUUUCACAAUGUCGAAGCAAACAUACAAAGUCUGCUUCUGUUUCCGUCGGAGGUAUCGACACACCGUCUCGGUAGCACCGCCCGAGAUCAAGACACUUUUCGAGAAUUAUUCCGACAAAGGUCUCAUGACGACCGAUCUCCUCCUUAGGUUCCUGAUCGAUGUUCAGAAACAAGACAAAGCGACGAGAGAAGAAGCUCAAGCGAUCGUCAACGCCUCAUCUUCUCUUCUUCAUCGUAAUGGUCUCCACCUUGAUGCUUUCUUCAAAUACCUUUUUGGUAUUAACAACUCUCCUCUUGCUUCUCAUGAGGUGCAUCAAGAUAUGGAUGCUCCAUUGUCACAUUAUUUUAUAUUUACAGGACAUAACUCGUAUUUAACUGGUAAUCAACUGAGUAGUGAUUGCAGUGAAGUGCCUAUCAUUGAAGCAUUGAAAAAAGGUGUUAGAGUUAUUGAAUUGGAUAUUUGGCCUAACUCUGAUGAAGGUGGUAUCGAUGUUCUUCACGGAAGGACACUCACAUCACCUGUGGAGCUGAUUAGAUGUCUAAGAGCUAUUAGAGAACAUGCCUUUGAUGUAUCUGAUUAUCCAGUUGUUGUGACUCUUGAAGAUCAUCUUACUCCUAAACUCCAAGCUAAAGUUGCUGAGAUGGUUACAGAUGUAUUUGGAGAAAUGUUGUUUACUCCUCCUUCCGGUGAAUGCUUAAAGGAGUUCCCAUCGCCCUCUUCUUUGAAAAACCGUAUUAUGAUCUCAACUAAACCUCCUAAAGAGUACAAGGCAGCGAAAGGUGAUGAUGAUGUGGUGAAAAAAGGUAGGAAUUUGGGUGAUGAUGAAGUUUGGGGAAAAGAAGUUCCAAGCUUUAUUAGACGGGACAGAAGUGGUGACAAGAAUGGUUCAAAUGUAGAUGAUGAUGAUACUGAUGAUGAUGAAGAUGAUGACGAUGGUGAUGAAAAGAUUAAGAAGAAUGCACCACCGGAAUACAAGCAUUUGAUUGCAAUCCAGGCCGGGAAACCGAAAGGUGGAAUAACUGAAUGUUUGAAGGUGGAUCCUGAUAAAGUAAGACGGCUUAGCUUGAGUGAAGAACAACUUGAAAAAGCCUCAGAAAAAUAUGCUAAACAGAUUGUGAGGUUUACUCAGAGGAAUUUGCUUCGGGUUUAUCCAAAAGGAACUAGAAUUACUUCAUCGAACUACAACCCUCUGGUUGGUUGGAGCCAUGGAGCUCAAAUGGUUGCUUUCAAUAUGCAGGGACUUGGAAGAUCAUUGUGGGUAAUGCAAGGAAUGUUUAGAGGCAAUGGAGGAUGUGGCUACAUCAAGAAACCUGAUAUUUUGCUGAAACCGGAUUCUGUCUUUGACCCGGAAGCUACAUUACCAGUUAAAACAACACUAAGGGUAACUAUAUACAUGGGAGAA